CCGCGCGCACCCGGCCGCACGGCGCACACUCGCGCUCUGGGACAGCAUCCGGCCCUUCUCCGAGAGUCCUCAUGGGGCCCGAGGCCGCCUGCCCAGGGAGGGGCCUCCUGUCUGGACUCCAGGUGAGGACCUGGAUCGAACCCGUGGUGGCCUCCACGCAGGUGGCCGCCUCGCUCUAUGAGGCGGGGCUGCUCCUCGUGGUGAAGGCGUCCUUUGGAGCCGGGGCCUCCUCCAACCACAGCACCAGCCCGUCGCCCCGGGACGCCCUGGAGGACCAGGAGCAGAGGGCCAUCUCCAAUUUCUACAUCGUCUACAACCUCGUGGUGGGCCUGACGCCGCUGCUGUCCGCCUACGGUCUGGGCUGGCUCAGCGACCGCUACCACCGCAAGAUCUCCAUCUGCGUGUCCCUGCUGGGCUUCCUGCUCUCCCGCCUCGGGCUGCUGCUCAAGGUGCUGCUGGACUGGCCGGUGGAGGUGCUGUACGGGGCGGCGGCGCUAAAUGGGCUAUGCGGCGGCUUCUCGGCCUUCUGGUCGGGUGUCAUGGCCCUGGGCUCCCUGGGCUCCCCUGAGGGUCGCCGCUCUGUGCGCCUCAUCCUCAUCGACCUGAUCAUGGGCCUGGCAGGAUUCUGCGGGAGCAUGGCCUCUGGGCAUCUCUUCAAGCAGAUGCUUGGGCACUCCGGGCAGGGCCUGGUGCUGACCGCCUGCAGCGUUAGCUGGGCUGCUUUUGCGCUUUUCUACAGCCUCUUGGUCCUGAAGGUCCCUGAGUCGAUGGCCAGACCCAGCAGGGCGCUCCCCGUGGUGGACACGGUAUCUGGCACGGUUGGCACCUACCGUGCCCUGGAUCCCGAUCAGUUAGACAAGCAGAGAGUGGUGGGGCACCCUCCGUCCCCUGGGAAGGCACAGCCCCCAAGGACUAUCAUUGCCCUGCUCUUUGUGGGUGCCAUCAUAUAUGACCUGGCUGUGGUGGGCACCGUGGACGUGAUGCCCCUUUUCAUGCUAAGGGAGCCUCUCAGUUGGAACCAAGUGCAGGUGGGCUAUGGCAUGGCUGCAGGGUACACCGUCUUCAUCACCAGCUUCCUGGGCGUCCUGGUCUUCUCCCGCUGCUUCCAGGACACCACCAUGAUCAUGAUUGGUAUGGUGUCUUUUGGGUCAGGAGCCCUCCUCUUGGCGUUUGUGAAAGAGACAUACAUGUUCUACAUUGCUCGAGCUGUCAUGCUGUUCGCGCUCAUCCCCAUCACAACCAUCCGAUCAGCAAUGUCCAAACUCAUAAAGGGCUCCUCUUACGGAAAGGUGUUCGUCAUCCUGCAGCUGUCCCUGACUCUGACCGGGGUGGUGACCUCCACGGUGUACAACAAGAUCUAUCAACUCACCAUGGAAAAGUUUGUUGGCACCUGUUUUGCUCUCUCCUCCUUUCUCUCCUUCCUGGCCAUCAUCCCAAUUGGCAUCGUGGCCUAUAAACAAGCCUUGUGGUUGCAAUACGGUGACAUCACGGAGACAUGAAGGGGCUGACCUACGGGAGCUGUGAGGACCAGCAACAGCGGGGCCCCUUUGAAGGCAAAGGAAGGAACUGAGUGCUGGUGACCAAGGCAACCCACCACCGCCAAACCCCAAGUUCGAGCCAGAGUUGGCCUCGGAAUGACCUGCUCUGGCUCUGGGGUCCCUGGUGGGUGGGGAACAGCACUUUCUUGGUGAUAGAAGAACUUUCUGUUUUCAGAUGUCCCUGCUAAACAGAGAUUGGGUUCAGGGUGCAGGAGAGUAUGAACAUUCAAAGGUUAUAUGUAGGCUGCAUACACAGUCAUGCCAGAUGCACCCAGGGCUUCAGAUGGCAGCCCCCUUUCUUUCAGGAGCUGUCACCGGAGCUCCAAGGUAUGGCUAACCAGUCACCCAGGUGCUGCGCUGGGAGGCCCACAUGAGAACUCCAACCAAAGCAACAGAUUUUCAAUAGCCUAAGGGGAACACAGAGGGGAUGUUUUAUAAGAACUCCCAAUGUUUUAGGAGAUUUGGGGCUCAGGCUCUUGGAUUCAGGGGGGUUUUAUUGUUGUUGGUACUGUUGCUUUUAAGAAGCGAAUAUCAAAAGACUUUCUUUAGUGGAAUAUUAUAUUGAAUAUUUCCAGUCAACAUUACUCCCUCCAGUGGGUGGUGUGAAGGGAGAGAGGAGAGGAGAUGUGCCAAGAGUCAUUUUAUGUCAAGGUACCUAUUUUUAUAGCCUAUUUUACUUACAUAGAGAAAAGCAGACUCACUUCCUAAUAAAAUGGACAUUUAUUGUA